AUGGCAUCGAGUCGCAAGCAUCAUCUGAAGGUAAUUUGUCACAAGUAACAUUGAAUUUUAUUUUUUGUAAUUAAACUUUAUCUUGAGCACAAUAUAUUAUAAUAUGACAGUAUAAUGAAAGUUUUUGUGUGUUGUGAUGUGUAUUCCCCUGUUAACCUUCAUCCAGUUGUGUCACCAUUCCUGCUUCUCUCUCCUUCUCCAGAGUGUGAUGCUCCAGAUUGCUAAGGGCUUGCUAGACGCGGAGGCCAUAGAGGCAAUGGAAGAGAAAAAAAGGUACAUGGAUGAGAACUGCGCCGCAUUGGACAUGCCUGGGUCAUUGGCGGAUCUGCAGGUACAGUAUCACCAAUGGUUGAAAUCAACAGUGUUUACAAAUGCUUAAACUAGAUUUUCAAUCUACAUUGUCAGGAAAUUCACUUUUGUUGCCCCACAGCGCAGGUUGUUUAUAUUACAUUCAGUUCUUAAUUUCAAUCUUUAGUUGUUAAAGGUUCAUUUAGUUAAUAACCUCCUGCAGGAACUGUGCAAGACAAUUCAUCACCAGAUUGAUAAGGUGGAUGAGGAGAGAUACGAGCUGGCAGGCAAAGUGGGCAAGUGUGACAAAGAGGUACAGAAACCCUAAUUAAUCUGUCAAAUGAAAUCCUGUUGUAGCCAGUUGAGGUUGAUUUUCUCUCUUGUUAACAUUGGUGACCUGAAGAUAAAAGUGCAGAUCUUGUCUUUUUCCUGACUUCCUCUCUUCACAGAUUGAGGAUUUGAAGAUUAAAGUGAUUGAGUUCCAGGGCAUGAAGAAGCCAGCUCUGAAGAAAGUGCGUAUGUCUGCUGACUCCAUGCUCCAGGCACUGCUGGGCUCCAAGCACAAGGUGUCUAUGGAUUUCAGAGCCAACUUGAAAGAAGUGAAGAAGGAGGUCAAAGAGGAGGUGGGUAUUUGUGUGGAAACCUACAAAGCAGAGAAUUGGUAUAAUACUAUGGAUCGAUAUCCGUGCAUAGCCACGGGAAGGUGUAAGAUGUUUUGAGUUUGCAAAACGCAUUUCAUGCAAUUCUACAUAGUUUUACAUGACUGGAGACAUUUGAAGAAUCUUUUUUAUUACCAAACUAAUAACCGUAAUGACAGGGUACUCUGACCCUGAAACAACCGUAAUGACAGGGUACUUUGACCCUGAAAAACUGAGAUCAAUAGAAACGACCUAGUCUUGAAUGCAACCAAUAGCCUAGGCCAACGAAAAGAGUGGAAGACACCCAUAUUGUACAAUAUGAGGAUGAAAGUAUAGUUCUAAAAACCUUUCCAGUGGCACUGACUCACCCAAUGAUGAAUAUAUUGUAUAUGUGCACUCAGUGGUGAUGGCAGAUGCACUCGUGCCAAUAGCCUAUCUCUCAAAGAUACUUUGUAAAACAAUGCUGUUCGCUCAAUAUUGGGAGUUGAUCAAAUAUUUUGGUAGCCUAACAACAGACUAGAGACAGAUUAGACUCUUCUCUAUUUAGCAGUAUCCAUUGGACUUCCAAACUUUUUCCCCAUGAUUGUAUUUUGAAAUAUUGCGAAAGGCCAGGCUAUUUUAGCUGCUGUUCACUGAUAGCCACAACUCAACAAUCAGCUGUUUGAUAUUUGCCGCACGUGCUGCCCAAAUUGCAGCAGGCUUCCUGACUGUAUGCGCUUGUGAUUCCACACAAUCCACAGCUAAAGAAGCUAUUGAUCCUCUGUGGCUAAAAUGUGCUCUCUGGUAUAGUAAUUUGAAUGAUUUCAUUAUUUCUGUACAGACAGGAGCCUAUAAUUUUGGCAAAUGUAUUUAAAUGUAUCAGAGGGUGCAGCAGCACCUCCAGCACCCCUACUUCCCGACGCUAUGUAUCAGUACAGUACAUUACAUUUGAAGUAAAUAAUUUGAGUCAUAUUAAACUAUUUUGGCACUAAUAUCACUCCAUAUUGACUAAUAUCACUCCAUAUUUACUAAUAUCACUCCAUAUUGACUAAUAUCACUCCAUAUUGACUAAUAUCACUCCAUAUUUACUAAUAUCACUCCAUAUUUACUAAUAUCACUCCAUAUUUACUAAUAUCACUCCAUAUUUACUAAUAUCACUCCAUAUGUACUAAUAUCACUCCAUAUUUACUAAUAUCACUCUCUGAAUGUACUUCUUUCCUUUUUACAAAACCCUUAAAGCUCAAAUUAAAUGACCUAAACAAAUAGCUUAGAUUCUCUCUUGACCUGAUCUCUCUGCUGUAACACCCACUCUACCCUUACAGGACAAAGAUGCAGUUGGUGACUGGCGUAAGAACAUUGAUGACAAGGCCGGCAUGGACGGCAGGAAGAAGAUGUUUGAGGCCGCAUAA